AUAGGAAACUGAGAACAGUUUUAAUUGUGAGUAUGAUGUUAUUUACGCAGUGGACCCCUAAUCUUUCUGUUCUGUUCAAAAAGAGAGGCUAAUUAUGUCUGUAGUGAAUCCUAUAAUAUGCGCAAUAGAUACGCAAAAUAUAAAUAAGGCUAUAUCUUUGGCUAAUAUUUUGCACGGUAAAGUAGGUAUGAUAAAGCUAGGAUUGGAAUUUUUUGCUGCUCACGGUCUCUUUGGAGUAAGAGAAAUUACAAAAUGCGAUAUUCCAAUUUUUUUAGACAUAAAACUACAUGAUAUUCCCAAUACUGUAGCUAGAACAGUUACGGUAAUAAAAGAUCUUAAUGUUGCAAUGUUAACACUACACAUCACUGGUGGUGCAAAAAUGCUCAAAGAAGCACUAAGUGCAGCGCAAGGUACAAAGAUGAAAUUGGUUGGAGUAACCGUAUUAACCAGCAUGGACAAUAAGGAUUUGCAUGAAUCUGGAAUAGAAAAAGAAGUGGUAUCACAAGUGACUCUACUUGCAAAACUUGCGAAAGAAUCUGGUUUACAAGGAAUAGUUUGUUCUGCAUUAGAGGCACAAGAAGUACGUCAAAAAUGCGGCAAAGAUUGUAACAUUAUCACCCCAGGAAUUCGCAUAAAUUCUAGCAACGAUGAUCAAAAGAGAAUAACGACACCAAGAGAAGCAAUUGCUUUAGGGGCUGAUUAUCUUGUGCUUGGUAGACCUAUUACAAAUAGUAUCGAUCCGGCAAAAACUGCAAAAUUGAUACUAGAUUCAUUAAAAAGAGAUCACUAGACAUCUUUCAAACCCGAUUUAUGGCAAGAGCGCCGCACUUGAGGAGAGCUUCGACAACAAAAUUGCAUCAGUAAAACUCUUGACAUA